CGCUCCCUUCCCGCCACCGCCGCCGCCGCCACCGGCCGGAAUCGGAGCGCCGCCGCUCCCUGCACAUGCGCGGUGUGGCGCCCGCCCGUAGGCCCGGGCCUUCCUUCAGCCCGGGCCCGGGACGCCAGGCUUUGGCGGCCGCCGCCCGACGAAAGACCAUGGGCAGGACGGAGGCCAGGUGUCACAGGAGAACUUCACUCUUCUGUUACAAGAAUUAAGUGGCACCCAGAAACAGCAGCGAACUUCCGACCUUCUGCUGGGUGGAUGACAGCAUCAUUUACAAUCAGCACUGUAAAACUUGUAACAAGUUGAAACUUGCUGUGCCGCUCGGAUGCUACUGGUUGCAUUGCUUUUGGGGAUCUGACUUGGUGAUGGUGGAAACGAUUCUAUUUCUGCACGUUGGCCUGGGUCUCUUCCAUCCUGGCGACUCAGCAAACCCUUAGCGUUCCCAGGCUGCCGGGGCCGUUCCGUGUUAAUGGCUGACGUUUGAUAUGUGCCCUGUAAGUCCUGCACUGGGACUCGGUGACCGGUGGGGUGCCUGAUGCCUGUAAUCCCCAUCCCCCGCCGGGUCCGUUCGUUCCACGGCCCCCACACGACCUGCCUGCACUCAGCCUGCGGCCCGGUGCGGACCACGCACCUGGUGCGUACCAAGUACAACAACUUUGACAUCUAUCUCAAAUCCCGAUGGAUGUACGGAUUCAUUCGUUUCCUGCUGUACUUCAGCUGCAGCCUGUUUACCUCCAUCCUCUGGGUGGCACUCUCUAUCUUGUUUUGCCUUCAGUACCUUGGCAUCCGGAUCUUUCUGCGUUUCCAGUACAAACUCUCCAUCAUCCUCCUCUUACUGGGGCGAAGGCGAGUGGACUUCAGCCUCAUGAAUGAACUGCUCAUCUAUGGAAUUCAUGUGACCAUGCUGCUAGUGGGGGGGCUGGGAUGGUGCUUCAUGGUAUUUGUGGAUAUGUAAAUAAAAACAAGCGCAUGUGGGCUAAGAAGGUGACUUUUCUUCCACCCCCGAAUUUGUCAAUAUCCCCUUUUCUUUUUUUUUAUAUAAAUUAAUUUAUUUAUCAGUGCUACUUCUUAUUGAUAAAUUAAUGUACUUGUCUCUGGAAUUUGUAUUAUUUUUUUUGUAAGGGUUAAGGUGCCAUCUUGAUGAUCAAAGUGCAGCACUUGAUUGGGUGUUCAUUCUUUGCAUAGUGCGAGUUAAUAUCCGUUUCUUUUAGUCCAUAGGAGCCUGCCUCGCUGCUGUUCCUGUAUUCCUGUAGGCAUGGAAAAGGCAGUGCAUUUUCUGGAGCACAGAAUCUAGAAAAUCUCGUGCCCCACACUCUGAGAAAAAAGUCCUUACCCUUUUUCUGAAAACAUUCCUUCGUAUCUCGGGCAUGUAAUAUGUAUUCUACCAGACCAGUGCUGUCCUUUCUCUAUGUAGUUUGCAUUUUGCAUAUUCCCAGCUAAGAAUAUGGGGCCAAAUUCAACAGACUGUUGUGCUUUUGGUUUUGUUGUCUUUUUUUUUUCUUAAUACUAUUUUUGAGAUUAACGCAAGGCUUGCAUUCAACCCACUUGUAUCAUGUUGUCCACUUUAAUGUGAUUAUAUAGCUUUGAAUGGUUUUGUCCUUUUCAGGCAAUUAAUGCCAAGUAAUUGAGUCCUACCCCAGCAGAACAAAUCCAUUGGAGUGAUGGGAGCAAUGUUCAGUGUCAUGAAAAGGUCUUGAAAUUCCCAGUCAUAGCAAAAUUGUUAUCAUUUUGCAGUGAUUAUGGAAACCCAUUGUAGUGGUUUAGAUGUUGGUGUUUGGUCCUGCUCUUCCCUGAGUUGCUUGGUUCCAGUUUUCUCAUGGAAGCACUUCUGUCUUAUGGGCAGCAAUGAGAUGAGGCUGUCUGACCUGGGAGAGCUUGAGGGUGCAGUCUGAAGGGCAGUGGUUGUUCUGCAGUUACAGACAGCUUUCUCUCCUAUCCUUGCUGCAGUGUGACUGGACAACUUUCCUCACAGCUGAAGAAGAGAAUUAAGCGCUAAGCUUGGUUUCACUGGUCCUGAUCUGAGAUUUUGGAUCGUUCCUUUGCAGGCAGUUAAGCAGACCAGAUCUUGGCCUAAGUUUUAUUUUGAUCCUUUUCCCUUUCUCCCCUGAAAUCGCUGGAGUCAAUUGCAAUGAAAUAAGCAAGACUGGAAAUACGUGGCCAUUCCCCCACUGUCUUUAGUUUGAGAUGCGAGUGGAUUGAGAGCAAAAUCAGUGAGCACAGAGGAGAGAACACUUAGUGCUUCAGCCUGUAUUUGUGUGCAUGUUGAAGCCUUUUGCUCACAUACUCUGAUUUGUAGCUUUACAGAUGCAAAAUAGGAAAGCUUCUGUCUGAAGCUGAAGCAAAACCAGAAAUUAUCUCAUUAUCAACCAUUACAGUACUGGUGUAAUAUAAUGCAAACUGGACACAUAGAGCUGAAUAAAUGAUGGACAAUGGUGGUUGUGGACUUUAGAUUAGCCUUGUGGGAACCAAAGGCUGUUUCUGCAAGAAAGUCUUGGCAUCAUGUGUGCCACAAACUGCAGUUUCUGGAAGUUUUUUCGUAACUGUGGAGCUCCCCAGAGCUCUGUUCUGGGAGCAUACUGUGGUCCACAGGGCCUUGAUGUCCUGCAGGUCCCAGCCUGCCUGCAGGUAGGGGCAGUUCCCAGUAAUUCCCAGCCCAGUACAGCUGGGGUGCUACAGCUCACGUUGUAUGGACUGUGUGACUUUAUGCUGGAGAAUUUCUGUAGGAAAUGUGAGCUGCAGCUGCCAGCAAACAGCCUGCUGUGUGCUAAGAGGCACCCAGCAGCCCCCUGCUGCCAGCUGUCCUGUGUAGAUGGAGCAGCACAGGCUGCAGGUGUGGUGGUAGGACCCUGUUCUACCUUGAGUGACUUGAAUGGGUGAAGGGGGGAUUUGUGCUGCAGUGCUCCUCACCCAGCCUGUUCUGGCUGCUGCCUGCUCCUGCAGCAGUGUCCAACCAACAGGCUCUGUUGUACCCCAGUGCCUUGUUGUGCAGCCUGCCCAUCUGCCCUCUGCCUUCAGUUUCUACAGAACACACGAAGGAAGAAGUAGGUAUCCUCAUCAACUCACCACAAAGCAGUGUUUGCCAAGUCUGCAGGUGUUUGCCAAGAGAGCUUGGGGAUAGGUUGCUUAGAAGACAGAGGACUCCCCAUUCUUCCUUUACAAGCACAGCCUAACGUAUAGUCAGAUUGCCCUGAAUCAUGAGUGCAAUUGCCCACAAAAAUGUACAACUUGAAGAUUAAAUAACUGAGGAGACCUCGGAGGCAAUGUGAAGUUGGGAAUGCUCUCAGUCUUGGCUGUUAGCAGCGGUCGGACACCAAGCAGUGCUCGGGCAGUUGGAUGCUCCUGGCCUGGUGGGGGAAAUGAGGUCCCUUUGAAGUCAUGCUGGCAAGGAAGAGGAAUUAAUUUUCAAAUGAUUUGUUUUACGAUGCAAUAAUUUGAACAUUUUAGAUCUCUGUGAGUGGAGCAGCAUUUGGCACCUUUACUGCACUUCUUCAGAGCAUUUUCCAACUAGAGCUAAUUAAACCUCACAGCAUCCCCAGGAGAUCGCAGAAUAAGUAAGAUCUUGGUAAUGAUUCAGAAUUUAAAUUUGGUGUUUUUGAGGGUGUUUUUUUUUUAAGCUUUCAGGACUACAUUGCCAAAAUAUAUUUUCUGAAGCAGCUGAGAUUCCCCGAAUUGCUUCCCAGCACAAACUGCAGCAGGGCAGGAGGAGUGCUAAGCACGUGCAAAUAACGGUAAGCAGUAGUCAGAGAUGUGGCUGCUGGCAAUGCUGGGUCAUUGCUAUGGAGUAUCAUUUUUUUUAACUGUUUUUUUUUAUUAUUAUUAUUGUUAUUUUAUUUUCCCCAUUUCUUUUCACUGAAAAAUUUGGCAUUUUUAAUAAAGGGGGCAGGAACAACUUGCUGGAAUACAACAAAUAAGAAAACAGGGGCAGGAGAUGGGCUUUCUGUUUUUCAAGAGCCCAACACGUGGCCAAUACUGUCACUUGCCAGAAACAUCCUGUGAAGUGGGGACCUGCAAACUGUGCCCCACUGGGAGCCUUUAUGUUUGGGAAUUUCUCUGCUCUUUCCAAAAGUCGAUGCUGGAAGAGGUAGAUCCGGCUCUGAAGUACGUUGUCUUCCUGUCUUGCUGUCUGGCUGUAACUUUAAAAUCUUCUGAAAUAUUCCUUUUGGCAUUCCUUCACACUGAUUCCAUCCUGGACAAUGAGAGCAGCUAGUUUGUUCCCUUUCGUGUGGUUGGGUUUAUUUUCUUGCCACGUUUGGGCUUUAAAUGUUGCUAAAAACGGGGUUAAGAGUAAUGAGGAAAAAACCUGCAAGCAUGGAUUUGGGGGAGCGUGUCCCCCACACACGUGCCAGCUCUGCCCUGCUCUUUGCAGCCCCCCCAGGCACCCCUGCCCACCCAGAGCCACCAGGUGCCAGCUGUCCAUCUGCACUGUGUGGGCUGGUAGUGGUUUGCAGUGGCAAGGUGGCUUGACCUGUUAGCCAUUGAAGUGCUGGAGUUUCGCCUCGUUAACUCUUCAGAACUUGCCAACAGCUGGUGUUUGGGGUGCUGCUAAAUCCCGUGUGAAAUGUGCCACCCACAUUGAACGUAUCUUUUUUAUAACA